AUGUGGAAUGAUACCUCCCAGUCCGCGCGAGUAGCGACAAUUCUGGAGCACCGAAAGCCAUCUCCAUACGGUGCCUCCUCCACCUUUAAAACUGAGCACAAAUCAGACAUAAUAGAGUAUCCUGGUCCUCAAGGCAAAUGGUUCCAAAAUCUGUUUUGGCCAGCGCCUUCGUGGCAUGGAUUAGCAAAAUACACGCACAGGCCGGGCGCUGCAUUCGGUGUUAGUGGAGACCUUGUACUAUCUGUAGCUGCUGUGCACAGGGUGUCGUUGCAUCUCAUAUUUGGUCAUGUUUCUGCUUAUAUUCUCAUUCCGUGUGCUUCAGCUCCAACCAGAUGCACUACUAUUAGGAUUCAAAAGUGGAAGCCGGAUGUAUGUGUGUGUGGAUUGCAUUCGGCACUGGCUAUAGGCGCCUUGGUCGUCGACUACCCCAUUCACGCCUGUCAACAGUUGGUGGGAGACAUGGAAACUGCGGGUCGCUUGGGGGCUUCAAUGCCACUGUCGACCGUAUUACCUGCACUUUCAGGCGCAAGUGAACAUCCUUCACAUCAAGCUGCAACGCUGCUGGACCUUGACAAGCAUUAUGUGACACCUUCCGAACACGAUAUGCGGCACCUGCUUGUCAUGGAGCUCCGCCACAUCCUUGUCAACCAGAAAGUCCCUGUAAAAGAACUCGCUGGAUUUCGUAAAGCAGAAGCUGCUGCCAGACUGACACUGACCACUAAAUUCUUGGAGGGUCUGGCCGGUAUUGCGUCUAGCUACGAACAAGGGCUACUGGAUAAAUUAAAGAAGGGAGUGGAGGGGAGGGUGCGGAAGAUAGCAACUCUUUUUAUAAGCAACAUAACGGAGCAAGUCCACGAGUGGAUGGUAGCCCCGGAGUUUUUUUCUCCUCAGCUUCAGGUGCUUCUGUGUCUCAUACUGCAGUUGGAUCAUCAGGAACUGCCGCUGGAGCGCCGAGCAUUGGAGGUUCCGUUGAGCGCCUACAUGUUGGAUGCCUCUGUGGAAAGGGCGGUUACGGCAAAGACUUUGAUUUCAUGCAUGUCUGCUAACAAGCUGCUGCUGGCAGAUGAUGAAAUAGGCCUCAUAAUGGAUAUUCUUGAACUCAUGUGGGAUAUUUACUACAGGCAUAGCGUCGAGAUUCUCCGGGCUCUGCAGACGCCAACAAGUGGUUCAGCAUCAAUGGCCCUGGAUAACUGGAUACACGGCACGGCCCUUCCUCGUGCAACAAUGCUUCUCCCCAACUGCAGAUUGGCGCACCUUACCAGGAGCACCCCUUCGACUUUCGCGUCAACCUCAAGUUUUAGUGUAAGUGUCGAAUACCAAGGACUCUCAGGAAGACUGGAGCAUGAUGACCAACGUGCCUUUUAUUCCGUCAUCAGUGCCUUCGGCAAAGAGGACCUCAUGGCUCUCCAGCGCUACAAAGCCUCACCGGUCACGCCACAGAGUAGUAAGCGUUUUCAUCUCCUACUCGAUCGUGUAUAUCCACCGUACACAACAUAUAAACAAUUCAGAAUUGCUAUCGAAUCUCGAAGAGUUGAAGUGAUUCAGUUGACUCAGACAACUUCCAAAGCUUUACGACGCAUGUUUUCCCUUCCAGGUGUUCCGGCAAAAGACAUUGUAUCGUUACUAGGUAGGCUAGAAUAUGCUAACCGUCCACAGCGCAGUGAUACACAAACGUCAAUAAGACUGAGGGGCUCCUCAAACCAGCAUCCUGUUAAAGCCGCCUCGAAACGUGCAUUUAAUGGGCUGUUCAUGGGAAUGCGCCCAGAGCUGCGUACCCUGUUAAACACAGAACUCUCCUUUUUCCUUAGACGCCUACAGAAGAACGAGAAAAUAUCGCCUAACCCAGAUAUACAAGAAGCGUUUGAGAAGUGGGCCAGGGUCAUGAGCGUAGAAAAGGAGGCUGUACUUGAGGAACUGAAGCGUAAAAUGGAAAUUGUCUCAUCGGACCCCAAUUAUAUGUUCAGUUCGUUGUUUUUUAGUGCAACUUUGGCCUCCAAGAUCAUUAAAAGCCCUGCGUACGCCACAACGGGGAAUGCGGCAGCUAUAUCGGCUAUGAGUGCAGUACAACAAGUGCGCUUGCCUUCAUGGGCUAUUAAAUUGGAUCCGGCGACUUUGAAGACAGCGCAGCUCACUGCGAUCCAGCAUCCAACUCUGCAAUUCACGUAUGACACAGUUCUGAGGCGAAAGUUACUUUCGCCUGCGGGCAAGCAAAGAGUAUUCAGAAGGGAUAUGGUGGAACGGGUGGCCGUAACAAUGGAAUUGACUGCAAGAAUGCAGCACCAGUUCUUUGACAGCAUGAUCUCCGUUCUCCCAGGCUUUUUGAGGCAAUCAUUGGAGAAUAUGCUCUGUGGAGAGCACCGUCCUGACUUUUUUGCCGCUGCAACCGAAUUGGAUGGUAAAAAGGGUCUUUUCGAUUAUUUGGGUUUCGCUACUGCAUUUCGUCUUGCAGUUGUUGCAGAGAUUCACCAAAUGCGUUGCGACCACGCAGGAAGAAGAGUCUGGAAUGUUUUUUACUGUGACGCUUCCACAAGAUAUGCUAGGGCUUAUCGAAACCACCAAACAUGUUGUGCCUUGAAUUCGACUUCGAUCCUGGCGUUAUUACUGUCUAUGCUUUGUAUUGCUUUCUUUUUCAGGCAGGAGUACAGCAGUAUUAUAAGCUGUGCGUACUCUGUUUCGGUUGCAGCAAAAUCUGUAAGGAAUCCGCUUACAAUGGAAGUUGCAAAACAAAUGGAGAAGAGUCUCCCCAAAUCAGAGGCUAGAGGCGUAAAUACACUCAAAUGUAUACCGACAAAUGUUAAUUUCAUCAGGUGCAUAGCGAAACUACUCUUUCGCUGCCGCAACGACGACACAAAGUGCGCGGGAGCAGUAGAGAGAGUCACGGAAGCUAACGCUGAUAUUUGGGAGACGGUGUACAACGACAUCCAGUCUCCCCUCUCCGAGGCACCACAGUUCCUAAAUCGCAUGCCUUGGACCAAGCUGAAAUACAUCGUUAGUGACGCCCUUGCAGCAAGCGGCAAGCAUUUGAGCCUGGACGAGCGCGAAGCAUUGUCCAGUGGAUUUCUAGAGCAUAACGGCGAAAGCGGAUCGUCUAAUAUGCGUGGCUUUCACUUGCUACGCAUGCGCUCCAUAUUGUUUAAAGUGCCAGAAUCUAAUCCAGGAGUGGCUUGUAUCGUUUCUGUCCUGUCGGAGCCUUCACCGACAGUCAGCAGAGAAUGUUUUACAGAGAUGCUCAAGAUGUUCAGUAGCUUCAUCGCCGACGAAAAAAUCUGUAGCUGUUUUGUUCCAGCGGCAGGGUACCCAAGUUUCGUCUGCUGCGGCUCAGAACCGACUGGUGAUGCAGAGUUGGUCCUCCUCCGUGUAGCGAAGCGCGUAGCUGCGCAGCUUAAGACUGUUCAGCUGGUCGACAAUGUGACUCCCCAGACCAUCGCGCAAGAGCUGCAACGAUUGUAUAAUAUGGACUUUUCUACAAUAUACGACUUUGUAAUAAGCCCAAUGCAGGACUAUUCAUCUUCCCCACAAGAAAAAAGGACCAUUGGAGCCUGCCUCUACCAAGUGGGUAGGAAUUUCGAACGCGAGAAUGACAUGUACAGUGAGGCUCCCGGGUUUGUUCUUCGGGUUAACUCGCCUGCCCUGGUCAGGAAUUGCCUCACUGAAGUGUGGCGCAUGCGAUUGAAGUUUGGUUUACACCAACCUGUUGUUUCUGCGUCGGGUGGCGCCUUAGCAAAUCCGAAUGGGGAGACAACGAAUUGGGAAGAAUUUACGGCAGGACUGAACGAAAUGAACAUCGUGAGCCCAGCAGAUGAAACAUUUCGUCGCGUUGCAAGUGGGGACAGCUUUUUGUUUCUGGUGAUACAGCACAGGCUUCUAGCUAUUAUGGAUGCUCUUGCUGCAUUCCGAGAGACCAUGAUCACAAGAGUAACAAAAGACUCGGAGGCGAAUCGCAGCGCUGCACUCCUACUGCAAUUGCAAGCUCUCUCAUACCAGGAAUUUAUGCGGUUUCUGAUGGCAUCAGAAAAUGCUAUCCCGUUUUCUAUAGGCCUAGUGGCUCAAGCUUUGACAAGUAUACUCUGUAAUCCAGUUUGCAAAGAAAUUAGGUCAUCCGUUAAUAUGGAGACACGAAAGAAACAAGAAACUGCACGCGUCCUCUCACAGCGGCUGAACGAACAAGUGACUGCGAUGAAGGCUGUGAUCCAAUCUUUGUCAGUAGUAAGGGCAUCAAGCGCCGUUGACUUGUCCGCCGCUUUUCAAGCGCUCGAAUCCACGGAAAUGCAGACUGAAAUAGUCUCACCUGCCUCGCUUGAGCUUUGUUCUAGGCACCUAAGAGGUCUUGCUACCGCGGCUUUGCCUAUAUGCUCAUACGAGACCGUGCCCUACAGAUACGCCCAUGAGGCCUUUAGGCUGACCCUUGCACAGAGGGGUAUACAUGCCCACACAUGGUUCAGCUUUUUCUCCGUGAAUCAUGAAGUCAUUCUCAAUAAUUGUAUAUCUGAGGCCAGAAGACUUAGCCCUAAGAAGUCAGUUGAGAGCUUUAUGAAGCUGGCAGAAUGGCGAAGGUUCCUACCUGUGGUGCUGGAAAAAGCCGUCAAGUCACUUCGCAACAGAUUUUCAGAUAUAAAAAACUUACUCCUUCUCCUAGAAGGCAAAGUUGAGCAGGUAGGCAUUAUGCGAAGGCUUCGUGCAAUGGCCGACAAGGUUGCCAAAUGGGUGUUUCCAAAGCAGCGAAAAAAAUCUCGGAGAACACAAGAUGAGCCCUCGCGCGAGGAGGCUGAUAUAGAAGUACAUGACGUGAUCACUUUAUCAGAGCUUGAAGCGGUCCCUCCUAAAGCUAUUAUCCAGUUCUGGCGGGAAUACGCCCUUUCGCUUGAUUCAAGCACCGGAACUGGCAUGCGAUACGGCAAGGUAGCGCGCUUGCUGACAGCAAUCGGGACAGGAUUCAGAUGCGCGCAGAUGUUUGCGAAUGACCAAAAUUCGUUCUUGGGCGGGCUGAGAGGGAAUAGUGCAGCCCAAGAAAAUAUACAACGAUUGGCAACAGAAUUCUUCCUGUCCCCUGGAGGGCCUCAGGAAGGCUUUCGGGGCAUCAGAGCGGCGGCAACUAAAUCGAUAGCGACGUUUUGCAGGGGAAGGGGCAGUGUUUGUAAAAAGCUCGAAGUUGCUUCGACCGAACCUGUGCCAGAUUCGUGUCACAGGCCCAUGGUUUUUUGCACGAGAGCGCUAGCCUGUGCUGAACCCAGCAAUUUGUGUUUGUGUAAUGUCUCAGAGGAUUGCAUUUUAAUGCUCCUAGACGAUUUGCUAACAAAACCCAACCCGCUGAUAUCAGCGGAUGUGGUUUUGAGAUCAAUUACAUCAGUCUUGUCAGCUUUUCGCUUCUCCAUUGUUAUUUGGAACCAGGUAACGUCCAAAGUAGCGCGGUUCAGAGAAAAAAAAGACGUGGUGACGGAAAAUAUACCCAUACAGAUUAUCGUUGCCCCACGAGGAGAGACGAAAAUGCCAAUUUAUCUCCACGAAGCGUUGCCGGGUUCUGCAACAGAGAGCACUACCAGUUCUUUUGCUGAAGAGGAUUCGGAGGAAGAGAUAUUUUACAGUGCGAAAUCGACUGAAGAGCCAUUGCCUGCUCCGGCAACCACUGAAGAAACAGAACUUCUUCUCGUUAGCCCGGGGUUUGACCUAUAUGAGCACCUGCAAGAGGCGAAGAGACUAAUACAAAAUGAGCACACCUACAGAUUCCGUUUUAUUCAUGUACCUGUGGUUCCCAUUGCUUCAGAGCCAUCCCCAUCACUUCUGCUUCGUGGAGAGCGCACACUGAUUGAUAUGCAAGACCGCAUGUCUCACCGUUCAAGAAGACGUCAUCAUCAUAAACUUCUGCUAGAAGAUCUGCAACGCAUAAUUGAUGAAAUACUAUCGCGGAAAGACCUGGAAAAUACUGAUUUUUUGAGAGAGUCAAGGAUCUUCUCUGUUUUAGGCCCAAAUGAAGAAAAUAAAAAGCUGUUCAGCGAGCAGAAACAUACCCUUGGUAAUGCAAACCCGGCACACCUUGCGCCGCUAAAUUUGUUUUCGUCGAGUGUGGUCGCUCCAGCAUGUAUAAUCAUACGGUGUGGCCGCUUUGUUGUUUGCUGGUGCCUGUUCGCAGAAACGCUUUUUGCAGAGACAUCUAUAAGCCCAUGCAUCGUGGAUCGCCAUCUCUUCGAGUUGCUAACUGCCUUCCAACUGUUCACAGCCUGUAAAGAGAUACCAAAUGACUGUAAUGAGUUCAGAGUCAGAAUGUUGAACCAAGUCAAGGAAUCACUGCUUAAAGCAAAAACCGAAGGUGGGAGUGCUAUGGCUGGUGAUGUAGAUUCUCAAGGAAGAGAGACCAUGCUUAAGCUCGGUUCACAACAGCAACGGCAACUAGAUAGCAUGAAGCAAAUACAGCAAGCAAUAGAAAAGUUGGAACAUAUCGCAUCGCAGCCCGUGCCAUGUCUCACGGAAAACUGCAGCGAGGACACCGUUGAAAUUUUGAGGAUGUUUAAGCCAGUUAGGAGUCUUCUGGGGUCCACGAGGUAUCAUGACCUAAAAAAGGAGUCAUUGGGAAGGCCGCAUAGCUCCAUAGGAGGUGUGGUACCUCUGGAAUCGUUUCGCAUGGCGAGCCACUUAACGCUUUCUUCCUUGCCAAUGCAGCAGUGGCUGGAUGUACUGAACCGCAUACGCCAGAGUCUGGCGCUGCUGUCCCCAAGUCCCAUUAUACUGAGAAGCAUGUCGUCUAUGGAGGUAACCUGCGUCGAGGUCGCAAAACGAAGACUUAAAGAAGCACUGGGUGUACUUCAAAAAGCCACCCAGCAACUGAGUAAGCACACCUCAUUGUGCAGUAAAUUAUCUGCAGUAGAGAAAAGUAGCAGCCAGUCAAAUAAGACUCCAUUACCUUACUUAACAGCACGUAAAGCCGUAUGCACACAUUGCUUUUCUGCAGUGGUCAGGACUGUCCUGAAUGAAUGCUGCCGCGAAAAAGACUUCUUGGAACGCGGAGCCACUUAUGUCACACACGCGUUGGCUUCGAGGUUGAGAGGCAAAGGAUAUAUUCUCUCGGCGAGUAAUGACAUGAGUACUUUAAUGGACAACCACCAGGACUAUUCGACUUGGAUUCAGCAAGCUGUAACAACAGAGGUUGAGAAAGUAGAUGAUGUACAAUGGCUAAUGAUCUCUGCAUGCAGUGAAGGAUCGUUUUACAGCCAAGGCGCGGCUGCAUGCACUCAGGCACCGAAUGCAGCCCGUGCGCUGCAUGCCAGAUUGGUCGAAAGUCAAUAUGAAGUUCAGGUGUGGACAGCGAUAGCCGAAAUCUUGUACCGCACUCCGGAUACCCCGUGGAAAGAUGUGCAGGCGAGCCUGCGGGCGCAGGAAAGAACACUUUGCGCUUACAGUCAUCUUGGCGCUCGAGCUGUCAGGAAACUGUAUUAUGCUUUCGUGUUCACAGCUCUCCACCAAGCUGUAGGAUUUGUCGAUCACGACGAUUUCAAGCGCUUCGGAGCCUACGCACUGACGAGUAAGACAGCAACCCCUUGA